CUAAACUACUUCCGGGUUAUGUGCCGGAUGACCACAUCUUCGUUGUAAACAAUCUUAAGCACUGCGGCUAACGGCUAAUAAUAGUUUGAUCAACAGGCUCGAUUCGCAGUUUUUACAACUACAUGGCAGGGGGACUGUAGCGGGGACAAAACGCUGUCAUUAAACUUUCACUUUUCAGAAAGUAUGUGCACAUUAUUGUUUUUCACGCUGUUGACGGAACUCGCUGACGGGGGGAUCGCCAGUAGCGACGCUAGCUGAAGCCCACUUCCCCUUCAUGGCCCCUCCAGCCCGCUGAACAGCAGAAAGGCCUCUGGCUAAAACUUAAAUUAUUAUUAGAAUAAGGUUAAUUUCCACAAGGAGCAUUAUCGAUCCUAGUCGUAGAGCUGGAAGAGGGUGUGCGGUGUGAAUAUACACAGGUCUCUCUUAGAUCAAUCCCAAAGAGCAAGAUCUCCAAAGUCAGCCAUGUCGUCCCGCGUGUUGCUGAGGCAGCAACUAAUGCGAGAGCAAGCCCAGGAACAGGAGAGACGCGAGGCCCAGCAACAAGCUUCCGUUUCCCAGCUCAGACCAUCAGACUCCACCCCUGCUAUUUCAGUGUCACUGCCCCCAAACACAGCCCGGCCUCCCCCAGCGCAGGUUCCUGUGGAGGUGCUCAAAGUGCAAACUCACCUAGAGAACCCCACUAAAUACCACAUCCAGCAGGCUCAGAGGCAACAGGUCAAGGAGUACCUCUCCACCACUCUGGGUAAUACUGCACUAACCCUAAGUCUGGGGGUACCCGGUGUGCAACAAUCCAGCUCUGCCCCAGAGAUGGCUCCUACCGCACACAGCGCUCCGAACAGCCCCAUGGCUCUGCUUAACCUGGGCACCAACAACAACAAAGAAGAAAUCGAGGAUGUGAUCGAUGACAUCAUCAGCCUUGAGUCCAGCUUUAAUGAUGACAUCAUGACGUUUAUUGACUCGGGUCUUCAGUUGCCUAGCACGCUCCCUGGGAAUCUUUUGGAUGUAUACCAUAGCCCAGGAAUGGCAGCUCCUACCUUGACUGCCAGCAAUUCCUGUCCUGCCGAUCUUCCAAACAUUAAAAGGGAAAUUCACGAUACAGAUGUCAAAGCAAUUAUGAAGGAGAGGCAGAAAAAAGACAACCAUAAUCUCAUUGAGAGGAGGCGAAGAUUUAACAUCAAUGACCGCAUCAAGGAGCUUGGAGGUCUAAUACCCAAAUCCAGUGAUCCGGAGAUGCGCUGGAACAAGGGCACCAUCCUCAAGGCCUCAGUGGACUACAUCAGGAAGCUGCAGAAAGAGCAGCAGCGAGCCAAGGAGGUGGAGAUGCGUCAGAAAAAGCUGGAGCACGCGAAUCAUAGCCUCCUGCUACGCAUCCAGGAACUGGAGAUGCAGGCUCGCCUCAACGGAGUCCCCGGCGGCCUGACGUCGGACCCCUCCCUGUUCCAGCAGCAGCACAGCUCUCAGAACGGCCAGCAUCUGUCCGCCGCUGGCGGUGCAGUCUCUAACCACACCCUCCUCAGCCUGGAGGCAGCCGCCAUAGGCCAGGGUGUCCCAGCCUCCUUCCUGUCCCCGCCCUCCUCAGAGUCCCCGGUGGGGGUCACCCUCAGCAGCCCCCUUGACCUGGGGAGCCUGAGCUUCGCUGAGCUGGACGAGGCUGAGGCCUCAGGCCUCUACCCGGACGUCAGCCUGAGCUCCAUCCUCAUGGACGAGGGGUGCACCCUGUCUCCCGAGAGGGAGGGGGACCCCCCUUUUCUCCCCUCUGUCCCCCGGUGCCUCCAGGAGCAGCCUCGAUAUGGACGAGGGACUUGUGACAGGCUCCCGGCGUUGGUUGAGGAUCGCACACCAUCACUCUCCGGGUAAUGCCAAGUGUCACGAUAGGGACUGUACAAACCGAACUAUGACAAUGAGUAGGCGGCCAUAGAGUCUAAAUAAUGCAGAGACUUUUUUUGAGUAGAAUCGCAGAAUAGCAAUUCCGCUUCACAACUUUAGCCAUAAGUAGGCGCAGUUGAAGUUGGUCCCAGUUUGCAGUGGCCCAGAUAACUAUUGCUUAGAAUGGAAAAUGCAAUCUUGUGGAAAUGGAAUGUUAGAUAAUUGGGAAAUUAUUAAUUAAUGUUUUUUUUAAAAGAAAUGCAAUAUUUUAUUUUCCAUCAGAUUUCAGAAAAGAAUAAAUUAUGUUUGGAUAUAUAUUAUAAUGGUCUCUUGGGUAGAGGAAACCGGUUAGGUUUCCCUUUACUCUAACCUAUCUGAAUGACGGAAACAAAUGGAGAGAUACCCUUUAUUUUCUAGCGUGUUUCUUUUUAUAUUGACUUGUAUUUGUUUUACACCCCAGCCGACUGGAAUCAGGAUUCGUAUGCAGCAUGUACGUGCUUAGGUCUCAGUCUGUCAAGCAAUCACCAAAGGGAAAUAUAUAUAGUAGAAUUGACAUUGUAAAGUAUGUACUACAUAUUGUAUAUGAGAUAUUUUACCUAUAGAAUUUUAAUUGCGCCUUAUUUUGCAGCAUCUAUGCAUUUUAUGAAAGAACUUAUUAAUUGCCAUUUACACACAUGAGAUGGUUAUAAACAGGUAGCAUGUUUUCACUAAUCGUGGACAAAAAAAACUUUUUUUUGUGUUCGUACUCCAUAGUUGUCCAUUUAAUUGUCAUAAAUGCAGGUCAAUUAUUUCACAAUAGAACUAUAGUUUUUAUACCAAAGUAAUCGAGUAAACACUCCUGGAGUGUAUUUAGUCAGUUAAUCAUGUUGAUCGCGAGAUAAGGAUUUUGUUUAUUUAUUUAAAUCCUUGAUUAACCUUAAAGGGAUUAUUGCUCUUCAUAGUACCUAGAAUUGUAUAAGCAACCACUAUUCUGACUUCCUUAAUUUUUGUUACGUGAAAUUUAUACAAUGUGAUUACUAAUAAAUGUCACAGCCACUCACAAGGGAUAGCAUUGGUUGCUGGGAUGCACAUUUUCAUACCACAUUAUGUACAGGUGCUGAAUGUUCAAAGUGGUGCCUGCUUAUGUGCACAUCUGUGUUAUUACACAGACAUAAUACACCAUGGUAAGAUGGUUCGGUGGUUGAUCAUGGAAGCCAGCUAUACCCACAUUUUUUUCUUCGAGGCACCAGUGAUGUCCUGUAUAUUAAAUAUGAAUGACAUUAAAAUGUGAUCUCUUUACAUAGAACUGUAA